AAAGGAACGUGGAUUAUGUAGGUUAGAGCAGCGGAAGAUGAGGGGGCACUUGAUAAUUCACCUUCAAGUCAACGAAAGGAUGCUGAACAAGAGAUGAUGACCACUCAUUUCCAUCACAGAUAGGGACCUAGCCAUGACUCUUGAGAGGAUUCAUCUGAAACUGUCCCUGUUGCUGCUGCUGCUGUCUUUGCUGUUGCAGCUGGGAGUUUGCCAGGUUGGUACCUGUAGUAGGGAGACCAGAGUGCAGAAGUUCUGGAGGCUUCAUGUGGACAAUCCAAAGAGCUUCAUGCACGAUGGGAUGAGGCACUAUUGCACAGCUAUGAUUCAGAGGCGCCAGAUCUCAGAUAGGGGCAAAUGCAAACAGGAGAACACUUUCAUCCAUGCUGUGGCAGGAGCCAUUUUGGACGUGUGCAAAGCCCCAAGAACGAAGCCCUGCCGUGUAAAGACAAAAACAUGUCACGUGAGUGAUCAUUCCUUCAGACAGACCCUAUGCAUCCUCCAAGGGUUUGGUUAUUUCCCCAGUUGUAAAUAUGUGGGCUUCCCCAAGUUCAAGAAGAUCUCCUUGGCCUGUGCAGGCAACCCCAAGGUUCCUAUAUACUUAGAUCCAUAGCUUCACCCUGCAGGACCCUGCCUUGCGUAUUCUGGACCCUGAGAAUGGUCCUUGAGUACCCUUCUGAUUCCCAGCUCCAGCUUCAGUUACUACUUAAUAAUAAUAAUCCCUUACUUUCCAAAGC